CUUUUGCGAGAGGGUGGAGGAGGAAGGAGAUAUCUGAACAGAGGAGGUGGCACAAAAUGCAAGACUCUAGAAGUAUUUACACCAAGUAUCAACAGUGGUGAUCACCAGUUGCUCCUCCUGGAGGUCCAGGGCCAGCUACGUCUCCGGAAGGAUGCUGGUGGCUCAGGGGUCACACCUAGCAACCCCUGGUCCGAGUCGGAGGCACCCUGAGUGACAUUUGCUGGGCGGGCGCCCGGAGAGUCCUGGCCCAGAGGGAGCGAAGCCGGAGGCCACUGCCAUGCUCCAGGCUUCUCAGCUGACGAAGCAGGUGCUGCUGUGGGGGAAGCAGGUCGCCGGCCUUGGCCCCUUUGCCCUGGGCCAGCUUCUGUGAAGUGGGCACCUCCCCUGGGCCCCCUCGGCGGGCUCCAUGGCGUUUUCUGAGCUCCUGGACCAAGUGGGCGGCCUGGGCAGGUUCCAGGUUCUCCAGAUGGUGGCUCUGGUGGUCCCUAUCAUGUGGCUCACCACUCAGAGCAUGAUGGAGAACUUCUCGGCCGCCGUGCCCAGCCACCGCUGCUGGGCGCCCCUCCUGGACAACAGCACCGCCCAGGCCGGGGUCCCCGGGGCCCUGGGCCCCAAGGACCUCCUGACCGUCUCCAUCCCCCCGGGCCCCAACCACGAGCCCCACCGGUGUCGCCGCUUCCGCCAACCCCAGUGGCAGCUCCUGGACCCCAACGGCACGGCCACCAACUGGAGCGAGGCCGCCACGGAGCCGUGCGUGGACGGCUGGGUCUACGACCGCAGCAUCUUCACCACCACCAUCGUGGCCAAGGCCUUCCCAUCCUAUGCCUCCACCCCUGCUUGUGUGGGCUCAGCUCCCCUCUCCCGCCAGUGGGACCUUGUGUGCGACUCCCACGCCCUGAAGCCCAUGGCCCAGUCCAUCUACCUGUCGGGGGUCCUGGUGGGAGCUGCCGUGUUUGGCCAAGUCUCCGACAGGUUUGGGCGCAGGCUGGUGCUGACCUGGAACUACCUUCAGAUGGCCGUGUCGGGCACAGCGGCCGCCUUCGCCCCCACCUUCCCGGUGUACUGCCUGUUUCGCUUCCUGGUGGCCUUGGCCGUGGCGGGUGUCAUGAUGAACACUUGCACUCUCCUGAUGGAGUGGACGUCCACGCGUGCCCGAGCCUUGGUGAUGACUGUGAACUCCCUGGGCUUCAGCUUCGGCCACGUCCUGAUGGCCACAGUGGCCUACGGUGUGCGUGACUGGGCCCUGCUGCAGCUGGUGGUCUCCGCCCCCUUCUUCCUCUGCUUUGUGUAUUCCUGGUGGCUGGCGGAGUCUGCCCGAUGGCUCCUCAUCAAGGGCAAGCUGGAGCAGGGCCUGCGGGAGCUACAGAAGGUGGCUGCCAUCAACGGGAAGAGGGCAGUGGAGGACACACUGACUGCAGAGGCCUUGCUGUCAGCCAUGCGGGAGGAGCUGAGUGCGAGCCAGGCUCCUGCCAGCCCGGCUGCCCUGCUUUGCACACCCGGACUGGGCCUCCGGACCUGUGUCUCCACUCUGUGCUGGUUCGCCUUUGGCUUCACCUUCUACGGCCUGGCCCUAGACCUGCAGGCCCUCGGCAGCGACAUCUUCCUGCUCCAGGUCCUCAUUGGGGUCGUGGACAUCCCGGCCAAGAUCGGCACCCUGCUGCUGCUGAACCGCCUGGGCCGCAGGUCCACUCAGGUGGCGUCCCUGGUGCUGGCGGGGCUCUGCGUCUUGGCCAAUAUGCUGGUGCCCCACGAGUUGGGGGCCCUGCGUUCAUCCCUGGCCGUGCUGGGGCUCGGGGGCCUGGGGGCCGCCUUCACCUGCGUCAGCAUCUACACUGGUGAGCUCUUCCCCACCGUGCUCAGGAUGACAGCGGUGGGCCUGGGCCAGAUGGCAGCCCGCGCGGGAGCUAUCCUGGGGCCUCUGGUGCGGCUGCUGGGUGCGCACGGCCGCUCACUGCCGCUGCUGGUCUACGGGGCGGUGCCGGUGCUGAGCGGCUUGGCUGCAUUGUUGCUGCCGGAGACACAGAGCCUGCCGCUGCCCGACACGGUUCAAGAUGUGCAGAACCAGGCAAUGAUGAAAGCGACACACAACCCCCCAGGGCCCACUGUCCUGAAAUCCACACACUUUUAAGCUCCCGGGCAUUCUGCGAUGGGACAUUGGGAGAAGCACCCUCUCUCCUUCGGAGAAGGCAGGACGACAAAGGCCACCAUCUCCAGAGGGUCCAGGGGCGGCCCCGGGCACCCCACCGGACCCUCCCUUGUGACUUCGAAAAGGAUCAAGGACCAGCAGGACCCUGUCUACCCCGUGCUCCCCUCCUCGCUGCUCACGGCCCCCAGCUGUCCACUGUUCCCCCCUCCCCCCCCCCCGCAGCCCCCCCCCCCCCCCCCCCCCCCCCGAGCUUGGAGGCCACCAUCAUCCAGGGUCAAAACAUCCGAAACUCAUCGCACUACCCCGAGAUCUCCGCACAAGUCUCAGCUCCUCAGUUGUACCCAAAGGGCAGCUCUGGCCCCCGGGCACCCCUCUGCACACUCCAGCCACGGGACCAAUCCUGCCUCGCCCCUUCUCUACCUACCAAACUCCUCUUCAGCCUCCCAGACUCAGGGCAACUGCCUCCUUCCAGGGGUGCAACCCGAGGCCAUAGUGAAACCCUCACCCACAGCCACGCACCUAUCUCCCACCCUGCCAGCUAUGAGUUCCCAGAGGGUUGGAGUGGCCCCCUUGCCCCCUGAUCUGAGCCGGCCCCCACACAAAGCCUGGCAGAAGGGGCAUUGCGGGGGAGGCGACAGAAGAGGGAAUAAAGGAUCAAAUGACUGCC